GGAUGAUCAUUUUCACUGUUUCUCUCUCCCUCCCUCUCUCUCUCUUUCUCCUUUCACUCUUUAGUUCUCUCUAUAUCUUUCUAUAAUAGUAUCCCCCAUCUAUAUUCCUAUCUUCCUCUCCUUUCACAAAGAAACAAGCAUGGCAGACCCUUACAGCAACUUCUUCAAAGGAUACUACAACUACUACCAUCCCUACUCUUCAAGCUCAUCAUCUUUUUUUCCAACUAAUACUCCCUCCUACAACCCUAAUAACACAACCCAAAGCCCUCCACCUUCCCCUCCACUAAGAGAAGCCCUCCCUCUCCUAAGCCUCAGCCCCAAAGACAACAACAACAACAGCAACAACACUUCAGAACCUUGUUUACCUUUUCAUGAAGAUGGGAACAAGAACAAGGCCUUGUGUGAUGAGGAUGAAGAUGAAAGUGUUACAGUGGCUCUCCAUAUAGGCCUGCCAAGUCCCACAGCAACUGAUCUCCUUUCUAGGGUUUCAUGUGUUUCCACUCAAGAAGAAGAAGAAGAACAAGAUCAUGGAGAUAAGGAUGGUGAGGAUGGUGGUGGUGGUGGUGAUGAUGUGGUUCCAUUAGGGUAUCCUACCAGUGCUAUUGGGAAACUCAACAAGGGUCAGUAUUGGAUCCCUACUCCUGCUCAGAUCCUCAUUGGCCCCACCCAGUUCUCUUGCCCAGUUUGCUUCAAGACUUUCAACAGAUACAACAACAUGCAGAUGCAUAUGUGGGGACAUGGAUCACAAUAUAGAAAAGGGCCAGAGUCCUUAAGAGGAAUUCAACCAACAGCAAUGCUGAGACUUCCUUGUUACUGUUGUUCUCCUGGUUGCCGAAACAACAUUGAUCAUCCAAGAUCAAAACCUCUGAAGGAUUUCAGAACCUUGCAAACACAUUACAAGAGAAAGCAUGGUAUAAAGCCAUUUAUGUGCCGGAAAUGCGGCAAAGCUUUUGCUGUUAGAGGAGAUUGGAGAACUCAUGAGAAGAAUUGUGGCAAGCUCUGGUACUGCAUUUGUGGGUCUGAUUUCAAGCACAAGAGAUCACUCAAGGAUCACAUCAAAGCUUUUGGCCAUGGCCAUGCAGCAUAUGGCAUUGACGUCUUUGAAGAAGAAGAUGAGCCAUCAUCGGAGAUCGAACAAGAUUGCGCCAAUGCAUCUCAUUGAGAGGUACUAAGCAAGAGAUGGAAUCAUAUGAAGAGUGCAACACUAGCUCUCAUAAUUAGUAUGAAAUUUCUCUAGUGUUCUUCUACUUCUUCUUUUGUUUCUCCUUUUUGUGUUUUUGAGUAUCAGACAUGCAUGGAUACAAGAUCAAUAUAAGAACUAAGAACUUCUCUUGUAAAUGAAGGCUUCUUUCUUCUGUCUUAAUUUUUAUCUUCGACUCUUUGCUCAAUAUUAAGAAUUCCUCUCUUUAUUUCU